AUGGGCAUCACCCCCGUGCGGAUGGCGCCCCUGGCGCUGAUGCUGGCCGUCGCCCUGGCGGACGCCAGCUUGCUCGACGUCCGUCCCUCAACAGAUUUAGACAACGCCAAGCUAAGAAGGUUGCUGUGCGACAAGCCCGACUGCUGCAUCGACUUCGACUACGACAGCUGCGAGUGCACGAAGCUGAAGGACUACUGGUACAUGCGCGGUGGGCAGUGCACCUUCGUGUGCCCGCACUGCUGCUCGGAGUGCGACCACGACAACCACUUCUGCAAGUACUUCAAGGAGCUGUGGUACUGGAAGGAACAGAAGUGCGUUUUCGAGUGUCCUUCCUGCUGCCAGAAAUGCGACUACCAUAAUUUUAAAUGCGCGGAGGCCAAGGAGGGCUUCUACCUGGACGGGGUGUCUUGCACCGCAUAUGAGUCACCCCCGGAAAAGGAACCAGAACAGCAACCGGAAAAGGCGCCUGAACCGGAGAAAGAGCCGGAAAAGGCGCCGGAGCCGGAAAAGGAGCAGUGGGCCUGCCCGCUGUGCUGCUCCAAGUGUGACCAUGAGAACUCGAAGUGUGACGAGUUCAAGCAGUACUGGGUGUACGAGGACGGGAAGUGCAGGUUUGAGUGCCCGCACUGCUGUGGAGACUGCGACUACGAGGGGCGGACGUGCAAGUACAUCAAGGCUGGGUGGAAAUAUGAGGGGGGCGACUGCGCGUUCGAGUGCCCACACUGCUGUGGGGAAUGUGACUACGAGGGACACGGGUGCAAGUGGGUGAAGGAAGCAUGGCAGCUGGUGAACGGGCUAGAAUGUGAGGAGAAGGUGGACUGCCCGGCGUGCUGUGGGGAGUGUGAGGACGGAAACAAGGUGUGCAAGUGGUUCUACCGCCACUGGACGUGGGAGGACGGCCAGUGCGUGUUCCGCUGCCCGGACUGCUGCCUGGCCUGCGACGCCGCCAGCGGCGAGUGCGCCGGCACCCAGCCGGGCUGGGAGUACCUGGACGGAAGCUGCGCGCUGAAGCCGCCUGCGUGCCCGCCGUGCUGCAACAACUGCCUGCAGGCCGGCGACAAGACCAUCUGCAACGGCGUGCUGCCGGGAUUCGAUUAUGACGGCUGGCGGUGCGUGGACAGGCGGCGUGGCGACGAUGAUGAUGAUGAUGAUGACGACGGGGAUGACGACGACAGGCGAUGA